AUGGAAAAAGAUCAGGACUCUGAAGGAAAGAUUCUUCCUAUAGCUGCAACCAUGAAAGAAUCUGGUUUUCAAAGAGUGGUUGUUACUGAAAUUCAACAUGAUGCAUGUCUUCUGUCAACAAACACCUCUUCCAGUAACACAAUUUCUGAGGCUGAUGAUCAAAAGGUAUGCAUAGCUGAUUGUAGUAUCAAGCAAGAAGAUGUGCUGCAAGGAAAGGAACAAAUGCAUAUUGAAAGUCAACCAAGUCAAGAGAAUGUGAUAAUCAUUUCAAAUAAUGAGCCCUUAGAGCAUUCGCAAAGAGAUGUAAGUGGUUUCCAGGAUAGCCAGCCUGAAUCACUCAUGCCAGGCAUCGCUGGAACCUCCAUGCACAGUUCUGCCAAUGAUGUCAUAGACGGAGAGAAAGUUGUAGGACAGAAUGAAGAGGAAAGGGGGCAUCAACUUCUUGAUGCUGCAUCUUCAAACCAGUUACCUGUUGAGGAAAAGGAGAUGUUCGAUACAAUGACAACUUUGUCUGCAACAUCGGAAGCAACACAACAGCAAGCUACUUACCUCAGUUCACAGUCAAUAAACCAAAUUCAAACCUUAUCCGGCCAUGGUAUGUUAAAUGGAAGCGAUAUGACAUUUGAUUCAACGCCACAGGGAACACAUUACAUCAUCACUGGUCCCCAGAUGCAAAAUAUAAAUACUAUUCAAGCAAUCACCCAGCAGAGUAAUGGCCAGGUUGUCUUACUCCAAGUACCUACAUCACAAAUUGGAAAUCAGGUUGUGGUAUCCCAAGUCUCUAGUGGUAACAUACAGUCAUCACUUGGUGCAGGAGCAACUGUGCCCAUUCUGUCAAGUGCUCUAGAAGCUCCAGAAGUAAAUCAGACAAAGAGACUACGAACAAAGGGGAGCAACAGAGGUAAAGUGAAACAGCUGAAGCAAGAAAAUUCAUCAACAAGCCUAAGGCCAUUAGCACCGCGUAUGUUGGCGGUCCCAAUCUCAUCACCGUUGGUAAUAGCAGCAUCUACAGGAGCACCACAGCUUUACACCACUGUUACCCCAAUGGAACAACUUCAACACAUUACGGCUAUGCCUCCAGCUCAAAUCGGUCGCACGGGGGGACAACAUUUUGAAGUAUUGGGUAGAUGCAUCGUAUGUUUCAGAUUUUGCCGUACAACUACUUACUGCCGCGCGGAAAAAAAUCAUACUGACGUCCGCGCUGCAGCUUGCGCUGAGUGUGAAACCAAAGGAUUCAGCACGGUCGUCUGUCGAAGAAAGAAACAGCACAAGGGACCAAAUGCGUACCCACCAAAUAUUGUAAUCAAUACAGCAUCACCUUUGUCAAGAGCUGCAGAUCUGAAAGACAUGUGCGUGAAGAAUCUCCUUCCACCUUGUUUCAGUGACUUGCAUAGCCUUACUGUUCAUCAUGCGGACUGUAUAUUUGCGCAGCCACGUAUUGUAAAGAACGAUCCAGAAGAUCAGCUGUUGAACAUGGACAAUUCGUUUACUGGAGAAACUUUGCCGUAUCGAAAACCAACGGAUUACGCCCGCGGCUAUUUGUAUCCGUACUCGAAGGAAUCUUGGGAACAAUGGUUGGCAAAAUUUUGCUCACAAACCGGGACGAGCUACAGGAUUCGAACAGGGAAGCGUGUUAACAAGAAAUCUGAUCAUGGACUGGCUAAUCAUAAUGGGAAAAUUGUGGUGUACAGGGCUCUAGAGUCACAACUACAUAACUGUGCGCUUGGCGGGAAACCUCGCAAAAAAGCCAUACGGGAGGGAUCCAAACGGAGAAAAGCGCGCGGUUCCAAGCUAAUUGGCUGCCCAGCAGUCAUACACACACGGGUGAUAGUGACUGAAGAAGGCUGGAAAGCACUUGAGGUCACAGUACCAAAAUUAGCUGCACAUCUGCCAGUGCAUGACCCCCGUAUUUCAAGUAAUGAUAUCAACAACGAAAUGAACAACAUGAUUAUACCCGAAUCUUUGUACGAUUCUGAACAGGGUGUCACAAGCCAGAGCCAGAGUGAAUACGCAAUUAUAGAGGAUGUUGGAUUCCAUAACGAGGCACAAACUGAACUUAUUAGUGAGCAGAUACAGUUAAUUGACUCGCUCGACUCUAGUGACUUUAAAAAGCAAACUAAAGGCCUCUUGGAGGUUUGCGGGGGACUCUUGGAUGACGUAUCGAACCUAGAGACUUUGAAGACCGUUCACAUGCACGCGCAAGCGAUUUACAACGAACUGAUCUCUUCUAACAACCAUAAGCGAAAUAGGAAAAGAAAUGCAAGCGAGGCUGGACUUGUGCACGACGACGAGGUUUUGGAAGAAGGCGAAUCCAGGCCGCCACCGGUCGUGCUUUUGCAAACAGAACAAGUUUAAAGGAGAAUCGGUUGAAACUAGGAUUUGUCAAACAGAACAAGUUUAAGGGAGGAUCUAUUGAAGCUGGGAUUUAUCAAACAGAGCAAGUUUAACAGUUGAAAAGAGGAACCUCAUUUACCGUCCCAUAUAUAACAGUGUACAUGAAAGGGAGACAAAAUAAACAUUAAUUGAAUGGAAUCUUUUAAAUCAACAUCCUGCAUUAAAUUCUUAAGUAGUUAGGAUUGAUCUUUGUCAUUAAGCUGUGCGUACGAAGUUAAGUUUUCUGUUAAACUCUAGAUUUUAACAGAUGAAAAUGCUGUGCAUUUUAGAGAA